GCCCCCGACUGCUCCCCACACAGCCCGAGAGGUGGCCCCAGCAGCGCGGCGCUGACAGCCAUCAGGGAGCGGGGUGGAGCCGCAGGGUGUGGUUAGGGAGGAGAGGAGGAGUGUGAGAAAACAGAGAGGAAGGAGAGCAGAUAGAGCCGAGCGGGCUGAUGAGAUGGUAUAGAGCGCAUAAAACCCCCCGCCGCCCCAAAAUACAUUUACCCUAUAGAGUCCCCCUAACGAGGACUACCGGGGGCGGAAGACCCCACCCCACAACACACCCAGAGAAGGCGGGGGCGCCAGAGCAUACACACAUUCCCUAUACCAGGCACCACAUAGGAAGCUAGUGCCGGCGCUAGCCCAUAUACACUACGUACUGUGUAUGCUGAGGGGCCCAGCCCAAGAACACACCCUGUGGGUGCUGCUGCUGCGGAGAGAGACUACAGGAACCUGCCCGCACUAUAUACCCUGCCCGCACUAUAUACCCUGCCCGCGUCCCGCAGAGGAAACGCGAAUAGAGCACGGAGAAGCGGGGGAUGCAUACAGAGACCCACUCGGUCUAUAACUCCUCCCCAUUGUCAUCCCGCUGCAAAAUGGCUUCUGAAACACCAACCCCAGCCUUCCUUAGUGAUAUCAAGUUGGAACCUCCCGAGCAACUCUUGGACAGUGACUGUAGCCUGCCACAAGCUGAGCCUGUGGACCUCUCCAUCCAUAAGAACCAAAAGACAUCUCUACGGCAGUCUUCAAGUCCACCUUCUUCCUCUCCUAUGGUCCUGGGAACCCCUCUGUCAGCACCCCCUUCUAUUGUCUCGCUCUCGGGCUUAGGUUCAGCUGUCCCUGCAGUGCUCUCCCCAGGCUCCAUCUUGGCCUCUACACAAGGCAGUGGAGGACAGCAGAUCCUGCAUGUUAUUCACACAAUCCCUUCUGUUAACCUACCAAGCAAGAUGGGCAACCUGCAGACCAUCCCAGUAGUAGUACAGUCACUGCCUGUUGUGUAUACAACAUUGCCCACUGAUGGAAUGACUGCUGCCCUCACUGUACCACUUUUAGGGCCGGAUGGAAAAGUCACAGGCCGGUCUCAUAAUUUGCUGAUGAGAUCCCAAGCCUCUGAAGUAGAAGAUUUUGAUUUGAGGGCAGAUCAGUCUCCGUGUGACCUUGGCAGUAUGAGCUUAUCAGCACAUUCUUCAGUUAAAGCAGAACUUGAAUCUCCGGUGGAGAUUAACAGCGACAGCGAUGAUAGCAUUGUGGAGGCAUCGCCUUCCUUUCCUGACACAGCACAUGGGACACGUUUGAUGCGAAUGCAGAGAGGUGGAGCUGGUUCUCCUGACAUGAGGAAGAGGCGAGUCCAUCAAUGUGAUUUUGAAGGCUGCAACAAAGUAUAUACAAAAAGUUCUCACUUGAAAGCCCACAGGAGGAUACACACAGGAGAGAAGCCAUACAAGUGCACAUGGGAGGGCUGCACAUGGAAAUUUGCCCGGUCAGAUGAGCUGACGCGACACUUCCGGAAACAUACAGGGAUCAAACCAUUUCUGUGCUCGGACUGCGACCGAAGUUUCUCCCGCUCAGAUCACCUGGCUCUUCACCGCAGGAGGCACAUCAUGAUGUGAUGAGAGACCCUAAAAGAGCCACGCGGACAAAGGCUUCUGCUUCUGAGGCUGAGAUGCACUUCAGUUUAUUCUCUGCUUCACUGGUGGAUGACACUUUGGUCUCAUCUCUCCAUCUUGUCUGAACUAAUCCCUCAUUUCUCAUCUUGUCCUUUGCAUCCUAGUUUGUUUCCGCUGAUUGUUUUUUUUUUUUUUUUCUAUAGUUCUUAAUUCUGUGUAGUGUUUCCCCCUUUUUAUCUUCUAAUCUAUCUCUGCUCUUGAUUCUAUAUAGUUGUUCUUGGCCUCUUACAAGAGCACAAUAAGCACAGUAUUGGUCUUACCUCUCCACCAGCAUCUGCCCUACCCCGGCAAGGAGCAUAAUGGACAAUCGACUGGCAAACGAUGAAGUGAAACAUAUGAGCCUCUUUUUCUAGGACUCUGCUGCACAGUGGAUGAGGGAGAAAAGAACCGUCACUUUAAAUAGGAUCCUUCCUGAUUAUAGUCGGCAUUGAUGCUCCCGUUCCCGUGAACUGUUGGAUGAAACAGAAAUUUUAUAGAAGAGUUGUUUCGUUGUAUAUUAACACUGAGUGUUUUAUACUCUGAAACCUAAAAAUACUGUGAUUAAUUCUGAAGCUUAAUUCUAAUUGAAAUGUCAUCGCCUGAGGAUCACUUUAUUACUACCUGGGACUGAGCUAUUAUUUAACCUGUAACACAUUCGUUGUUCACCGUUUAUAAAUUAAGUUUUGUUUUAAACUGAAACCCCUCUAUUUUAUACUGAAUUAUCAGCUUGUUCUGACAUGCACUGACACACCGGUCUUGGUUAACCACAUGCAAGCUAGAUGUGAUAGAAAUCAAUAGUCUGGCUUGCCACCAUCUCUCUCUCUCUCUCUUGGGUGAUUAACCUCUUUCUCAUCAAAUAAGCAGUGAAAGAAUUUAAUGAGUAUUACCCAUCAUGUCCUUGGAGUUAUCAGUAGGAGUGGGGAGAAUUUUACUCCUAGUCUCUCUAAAAUAUCAAUGCAGUUUUCUCCUGUGUUUCCUCCCACAACUGUGAAUCUCCUAAUGGAAGAAAGGGACAAAUCUUGCGGAACAUGUUACUGUGACAAGGCCUCGCCAGCCUUGGAAGGGAGGGAGUUGGCAUGAAGGGGGUUAAAACGGACAUUAUUACGGAAAUGUUGACUCACGUGUCGUCGUUUUGGAUUUAUUUUAUAGAUUAAAGAAGGAUACAAUACUAAA